AUGGGAAUAUGUAUGGGUGACAACCGUGGUUUAGGCAAAACAAAUGAAUGCACCCUCACUUCUUCCAAGGCCGUGUUUGUCAAGUGUAUCACCAACCCAUCACCCCGACAAGUUGGCACAUGCUCAAAAGUUUUUAAGAAUGAUAAGGGUGGGAAUUCAAAGAAGAAAGUUGCUAAUGAAACUGAAAUCACUGGUGAUGUUUUCUAUGGAAUACCUAUGGGUGACAACCGUGGUUUGGGCAACACAAAAGAACGCACCCACACUUCUUCCAAGGCCGAUGUUUUCUAUGGAAUACCUAUGGGUGACAACCGUGGUUUGGGCAACACAAAAGAACGCACCCACACUUCUUCCAAGGCCGUGUUUGUCAAGUGUAUCCCCAACUCAUCACCCCAACAAGUUGGCGCAUGCUCAAAAGUUUUUAAGAAUGGUAAGGGUGGGAAUUCAAAGAGGAAAGUUGCUAAUGAAACCGAAAUCACUGAUUUUGUGCAAUUAUUCAAGCACCAAGAUAAGGUGCUCUACUUUAGUGAUCAAGUCAACUCAGGUGAAGAAGUGACAAGANAGGGCAAGGAAAUCCCCACUUGUGUGGAGGAUGAAGAUUACUAUGAGGAUAUUCGAGAUGUAUAUGGGGUCAAUAGUUUGUGCAAUUAUUCAAGCACCAAGAUAAGGUGCUCUACUUUAGUGAUCAAGUCAACUCAGGGAGAGUGGCAAGAGCUUGUCCAAUCUGAGAAGAAUCUUGAGUCAAAAUGUGUCAAACUUGAUAAAGAUCUUCAUGAAUCGAAUGAGCUCUCCAAUACACAUCCCCAACCCAAUGAGACGUUUGGUAGGAUGUUUUCUAUGGGAAUAUGUAUGGGUGACAACCGUGGUUUAGGCAAAACAAAUGAAUGCACCCUCACUUCUUCCAAGGCCGUGUUUGUCAAGUGUAUCACCAACCCAUCACCCCGACAAGUUGGCACAUGCUCAAAAGUUUUUAAGAAUGAUAAGGGUGGGAAUUCAAAGAAGAAAGUUGCUAAUGAAACUGAAAUCACUGGUGUAUGCCUAGCGAGGAUUGUUGGGGGUGCCCAUAAUUGUUCGAGGCCGACAUGA